GGGCUACAGGAUCCAUAUGCUCUCCGGUGCACGGCUUCACAAAGCUAUGGGGACUUCUCAAAACGGGUCACUAAGAGUCUGAAACACACCGGCAACUACACGCGUUCCAACCGAGUCACAUACACCACCCGCGUCUGUCACUGACGGGGAGCUGUCAACUCCGGAGAAAGGAGCCAUGGACCCGAGAGACACAGCCCCGGAUUCGUGGGAGCUGGAGGAGGAUGCCGAGGCCCCGGCUGCUGCCGCGGCGGCGGAGCUCCCGGGCGCCCUAGCCGCACUCAACGUCAACGCCAGGCCGUUCGUCCCCAACGUGAACGCCGCGGUGUUCGUGCCGACCUUCCUUCAUAGCGGCGGCGCGGAAUUGCCACUCGCAGACGGUGCCCCUGAUCCAGCGGCCGGCAUGGACGUGGCGGAGACAGCCGUUCCAGCUCCGGUGGAGAAUGGAGGCACAGAGGCAGACAUGACCACGGAGGAAGAGACGUGGGAGCAGAAGGAGGAGCCACGAGGAGGUGGCGGAGGAUUGGAGGACCUGGGGACAGGAGGAGAGUGCGAGGAAGGCGCCGCGGGGAAAGAGGACGAGGAGAUGAUGGAGGAGGAAGAGGAGGAGAUACCAGUACCCAAAAUGGCUCCGGCACCUCCAGACGCCCCAAAGAAAGAACACGUUAAUGUGGUCUUUAUCGGUCACGUAGAUGCCGGCAAAUCAACUAUUGGAGGACAGAUAAUGUACUUAACUGGAAUGGUGGAGAAGCGAACCCUCGAAAAAUAUGAAAGGGAAGCGAAAGAGAAGAACAGGGAGACAUGGUACCUGUCGUGGGCUCUGGACACGAACCAGGAGGAGAGAGACAAAGGAAAGACGGUGGAGGUUGGCAGAGCUUAUUUUGAGACUGAGAAAAAACAUUUCACCAUCCUCGAUGCCCCCGGACACAAAAGCUUUGUCCCCAACAUGAUCGGUGGAGCGUCGCAAGCUGACCUGGCAGUCCUGGUGAUUUCUGCGAGGAAGGGGGAGUUUGAGACCGGCUUUGAGAAGGGUGGACAGACCCGGGAACACGCCAUGCUGGCUAAAACGGCAGGAGUCAAGCAUCUCAUUGUCCUGGUUAACAAGAUGGAUGACCCCACUGUCCACUGGAGCCUGGAAAGGUAUGAGGAGUGUAAGGAGAAGCUGGUGCCAUUUCUGAAGAAGGUGGGCUUCAACCCCAAGAAGGACAUCCACUUUAUGCCUUGUUCUGGACUCACAGGUUCCAACCUCAAGGACCCUGUACCUGAAUGCACCUGGUACACUGGUUUGCCAUUCAUUUCCCACCUGGACAGUUUGCCAAACUUCACCAGAUCCACUGAUGCAGCAGUCAGACUACCAAUCGUUGACAAGUACAAGGAUAUGGGCACGGUCAUCCUUGGGAAGCUGGAGUCUGGAACCAUCAGCAAAGCCCAGCAGCUGGUCAUGAUGCCAAACAGGCAUACAGUGGAGGUACUGAGCCUGCUAAGCGAUGAUGUGGAGACGGACGAUGCAACUCCAGGGGAGAAUCUGAAGUUGCGGCUGAAAGGCAUCGAGGAGGAAGAAAUCCUGCCUGGGUUUAUUCUCUGCAGCCCCGACAACCUCUGCCACUCCGGUCGCACCUUUGAUGCACAGAUCGUCAUCAUUGAACACAAAUCAAUUAUUUGUCCUGGUUACAAUGCAGUCCUUCACAUCCACACCUGCAUUGAAGAAAUUCAAAUCACAGCCUUAAUCUGCAUGGUGGACAAGAAAAGUGGAGAGAAAAGCAAAACACGACCACGCUUUGUAAAGCAGGACCAGGUCUGUAUCGCAAGGCUCCGGGCAGCAGGGGUCAUCUGCUUAGAAACCUUCAAAGACUUCCCUCAAAUGGGACGAUUCACGCUGCGAGAUGAAGGCAAAACCAUCGCCAUCGGCAAAGUGCUGAAACUUGUGCCAGAAAAGGACUAAAUGCAACGAUGGAGCCGAUGCAGCCUGCAUGGAGUUCUUCCACUCGUUACCAGAGGAGAAACGCUGCUAGAGCCACCCAAAACAGCCACUCUCUCUUUACACACAACUAUGCUGAAGAGAAGGACAAGGAGCAAAGGAGGAGAAUAAAAUGUUUUGUCUAAUAAAGGAAACAGGACUGAAUCAGUUUUUAUGAUGAUGAACAAUAUGAAACGAGAGACCAAGUCCAGUGUGUCAGCUUUCUCAUAUUGAGAGCUCAGCUAUGCCACUAAUGUAGCUACACGUCCCCCUUCUGUACUGCCAUGGCUAACCGUGCUGUCGGCUGGCCACGCCAUUUGUUUUGAGAAUGGAGAUGGAUGCAGUGAUAAUGGGUUUGGGAAAGAAAACAGUCAUAAGCUACAGAAUGAUUUCAUAAUGUGGAAAAGAGCAGAGUCAGCCUGUAAUUCUAAUUUGCAAAGUCCAUCACCCUUUUUAAAGGAGUGGGAUGAAGAAUCUGAUGGCGGUUUUAUUUGGUUUAAGGAUUGCUGUACCGAAAUGUCUUAGUUUGGUCUCUCGCCACAUGUGAUGGUUAAAUUAUGGAUUGAAUUCACACACACACACACACACACACCUGAUGAACCAAGGAUAAAAAACGCUCAUACAAACAUACACGCAACUGUUACAUAACAUGAACCGGAAAUAAAGAUCAACCUGCAAUGGAAA